AUGGAGUUAAAUGAAAUGCGAGGGCCCGGCGUAUACGCAGCUGCACAGGGGGGUGAUUCCGCCCCAAAAUGGGGGCCCGGCGUAUACGCAGCUGCACAGGGGGGUGAUUCCGCCCCAAAAUGGGGGCCCGGCGUAUACGCAGCUGCACAGGGGGGUGAUUCCGCCCAAAAAUGGGGACCCGGCGUAUACAUGCCGAAUUCAGCGCAUCUUGCCAUGGUGCCACCUCCACCCGUGCGGGAUUGGAGGUACGGCCUCUGCCACUGUUGCGCGGACUGCUCGCCGUGCUUGGAGUCCUGGUGCUGUUACUACUGCCAGCUUUCUCGACAGUACAAUGUGUACUGCGACAACGGCAAACCGGAAAUAAAUUGGCUGGUGGCCCUUGGCUCAUUGCUUGGGGAUUAUUGUUGCUUCGGUCUUGUUUCCACCGUGCUGCAGUUCCUGGUUCGCAACAAACUUCGCCGCGAUUUCAACAUCCAAGGAUCGGAUUGCGGUGACGGCUGCGUCGUUGUUUGCUGCUCUCACUGCGGGCUGCAACAGGUGUUGAUGGAGUUGACGGAGCUGGGCAGGUUCCCCGGUGCGUGCUGCUACGAUGCCCCUCCCCCUGUUGUACCGAUGCAAUGA